UGUCCGUCUCGCGCUUUUGGUACGAUCCUUUUGCACGUGCGUCGUGUGUGUGAGAGUGUAUGUGUGCUCUUCUCUUUCAGCAUCCCCCCCCUCUCUCUCUCUCGCUCUCCCUCUCCCUCUCUCUCCUCCUCCUCCUCCUCCUCAUCCUGCUGCAGGAGCGCUGGAGCGCAGGCAGAAUCGCGCGCGCUGAUCGCUGCGGUCUCUGUUUUUGUUUUGUUUGGUUGGAGACUCCGCGUGCGUGCUGAAGUUUCUCAACGUUUUACACCCUGCUUUUUAACACUGAGGACGAUGGAGCAGUAAGCAACAGCAGCAGGUAAACAACGCUAAGCUGAUCAGUGGGCGGAGCCUGCAGUAAGAGAGAGAAAGCUGUGUGGUUGGUUUGUGGGCAUUUGCGUUGUGUGCGUGUGUGUGUGUGUGUGUUGCGCUCCAUUGUGCGUCAUGCGGGCAGGAUGGAUGUGAAGGAGCACAGGCCCUACUGCUCGCUGACGAAGAGCCGGCGAGAGAAAGAGCGGCGCUACACAGGCUCGUCCGGAGACAGCGAGGAGUGCCGCGUCCCCACACAAAAAUCCUACAGCUCCAGCGAAACACUCAAAGCCUUUGAGCACGACUCCUCACGACUGCUGUACGGAACACGCGUUAAAGACAUGGUCCACAGAGACACGGAUGAAUACGGACGCCAAGGGCAGAACUUUAACCUGCGGCAGUUGGGCAUCUGUGAGCCAGCUGCCCGGCGCGGUUUGGCGUUUUGCGCUGAAAUGGGCCUUCCUCACCGUGGAUACUCGGCCGGCUCUGACAUGGACACCGAGGGCGAGGGUGUGAUGUCACCGGAACGUGCCAUGAGGCUGUGGGGCAGGGGGGUGAAGUCUGGCAGGAACUCCUGCCUGUCCAGCAGAUCAAACUCAGCCCUCACACUGACAGACACCGAGCAUGAGAACAAGUCCGACAGUGAUAACGGUUCUCCCAUGCCAUCCUCUCUCUCCAGUCCAUCAGAACAUAGCCAUUCGCAGCCUCCAUCCCCCAGCCUCCAUGACCACCAGCGCGCCGAGCUCAGCAGCGCCUCCCUGCAGGCUGCACACUCACAGGAGGAGUUCACACUCUAUAGAGCUGUAGCACACAGCACCACCACUGAGGAGCAAGUGCCCUGUCAGCAGCAGCAGGGUCAGUCCCCGCUGCCCCCAGCCCCUCCUCCUCAUAAGCAGCAGCCGUUGGUGACGGCUCUGAACCACAGCUCAACGAGCCGGCGGAACGCCAGCCCGGCCCCACCGGCCCCUCCACCCGCAGAGCUGCCCACCACACCCGAGUCCGUCCCGCUGCAGGACAGCUGGGUCCUGGGCAGCAAUGUGCCGCUGGAAAGUCGAAAAUUAACAAAGCAAGCAGUUCUCCAAAACGGGCAUGAGCGCCUGAUAGAGAUGGAUGUGUAUCCUCCCAUGGGCCAGGAGGGCAGCUAUGGAGACGGGCACUUCCUCUUUAAGACAGGCACAGGAACAACCCCUCUGUUCAGCACGGCAACUCCGGGCUACACCAUGGCAACAGGGGGAGUGUAUUCGCCCCCCACGCGGCCACUGCCCCGCAACACACUCUCCCGCAGCGCCUUCAAGUUCAAGAAGUCGUCCAAGUACUGCUCGUGGAGGUGCACGGCCCUCAGCGCUGUCGCAGUGUCCAUCCUAUUGUCCAUCAUCCUCUGCUACUGCAUCGCCAUGCACCUGUUUGGUCUGAACUGGCAGCUGCAGGAGGCUGAGGGUUUCGCCUUUGAGAAUGGUGUCAAAACAGACACAACACCAUCCAACACAGUGACCGCACUGUCUGCUGAACACGGUAAAGUGGGUGUGUAUGUGCAGGAGAAUAACACCAUUGAUACCGGAGAGGUGGACAUUGGUCGACGGGCUGUACAGGAUGUUCCCCCUGGAAUAUUCUGGCGUUCGCAGCUUUUCAUCGACCAGCCACAGUCUCUAAAGUUCAACAUCUCAGUGCCCAGAGAUGCCCUGGUAGGGGUGUAUGGCCGCAAGGGCCUGCCCCCUUCACAUACACAGUAUGACUUUGUAGAACUGCUGGAUGGUAGUCGACUGAUAGCGAAGGAGAAGCGAGGACUGAUUGAGGUGGAGGGAUCGGUGAGGAGAGCACGGUCAGUCAGUGUCCACGAGGCCGAAUUCAUCCGCUUCCUGGAUUCAGGAACCUGGCACCUGGCCUUCUACAAUGACGGAAAAAACACAGAACAAGUCUCCUACAACACCAUUGUCAUAGAGUCCCUCACAGAGUGUCCACACAAUUGCCAUGGUAACGGAGACUGUCGCUCAGGAACGUGUCAUUGUUUCCCAGGAUUUCUUGGGCCUGACUGUUCACGGGCUGCGUGCCCUGUACUGUGCAGUGGUAAUGGUCAGUACUCCAGGGGGCGCUGUCUGUGCUACAGUGGCUGGAAGGGUACAGAGUGUGACGUCCCCAACAACCAGUGCAUUGACAUUCACUGCGGUGGCCAUGGCAUCUGCAUCAUGGGCACAUGUGCCUGCAAUACGGGCUACAAGGGGGACAACUGUGAGGAGUUGGACUGUCUGGACCCAUCAUGUUCAUCUCAUGGCGUGUGUAUCCAUGGAGAAUGCCAUUGUAAUCCAGGCUGGUCAGGCUCUAGCUGUGAGGUGUUGAAGACCAUGUGUCCAGACCAGUGUUCAGGUCAUGGCACAUUUCAGCCUGAAAGUGCCACCUGCAGCUGUGAUGCAAACUGGACCGGACCAGACUGUUCAGUUGAGGUGUGUGCAGUAGACUGCGGCUCUCAUGGUGUUUGUAUGGGCGGAAGCUGUCGCUGUGAAGAGGGCUGGACGGGGUCAGUGUGUGAUGUGAAAGCCUGUCAUCCCCGCUGCACUGAACAUGGAACCUGCAAGGACGGCAAGUGUGAGUGUCAUCAGGGCUGGACCGGAGAACACUGCACAGUCGCUCAUCCGGAAACGUAUGUCCAAGGAGAGAGGAUAGGAUUUAAAGAGGGCUGUCCCGGGCUGUGUAACAGUAACGGUCGCUGUACUCUGGAUCAGAAUGGAUGGCAUUGUGUCUGCCAGCCUGGCUGGAGGGGGGCUGGCUGUGAUGUCGCCAUGGAAACGCUCUGCGCAGACGGCAAGGACAACGAAGGAGAUGGUCUGGUCGACUGUAUGGAUCCAGAUUGCUGUCUGCAGAGCUCCUGUCAGACACAGCUGUUUUGCCGUGGCUCACCUGACCCAGCUGACAUCAUCAGUCAGGGCCAGUCAGUUUCCUCACAGCAGGCCGCUCAGUCUUUCUACCAGCGAAUCAGCUUCCUUGUGGGACUGGAAAGCACACAUAUAAUUAGCGGUGAAAACCCCUUCAACAAAAGCCUGGUGUCUGUAAUCAGAGGCCAAGUGCUGACUGCAGAUGGAACGCCCCUGAUUGGAGUAAAUGUUUCCUUUGUUCAUUACCCGGACCAUGGAUACACCAUCACCCGGCAGGAUGGCAUGUUUGAUAUCCUGGCUAACGGUGGAGCUUCCCUGACUCUAAGUUUUGAGCGCGCUCCAUUCCUCACCCAGCAGCGGACCGUGUGGGUGCCAUGGAAUGUUUUCUACGUGAUGGACACACUGGUGCUCAAGAAGGAGCAGAACGAUAUCCCCAGCUGUGAUCUGAGUGGCUUCAUCAGGCCGAGCCCUCUCAUCCUCACUACUCCGCUCUCUACAUUCUUCAGAUCAUCUCCGGAAAACGGACCCAUCAUACCAGAGACACGGGUUCUUCAGGAGGAGACAACCAUCCCAGGCAGUGACUUGAACCUGGUGUACCUGAGCUCACGGGCCGCUGGCUAUCGGCCCGUCCUGAAGGUCACCAUGACCCAGACCACCAUUCCCUUCAACCUGAUGAAGGUGCACCUGAUGGUGGCUGUGGUGGGACGGCUCUUCCAGAAGUGGUUCCCUGCAGAGCCUAACCUGUCAUACACCUUCAUCUGGGACAAAACAGAUGCCUAUAACCAGAGGGUCUAUGGCCUGUCCAAAGCAGUAGUGUCUGUGGGAUUUGAGUAUGAAUCGUGUUUGGAUCUGAUCCUUUGGGAGAAAAGAACAGCCAUUCUUCAGGGAUAUGAACUAGAUGCUUCUAACAUGGGUGGAUGGACGCUGGAUAAACAUCAUGUGCUGGAUGUUCAGAGCGGUAUCCUAUAUAAAGGGAAUGGUGAGAACAUCUUCAUUUCACAGCAGCCUCCAGUAAUCAGCACCAUUAUGGGUAACGGACGCAGGCGCAGCAUUUCCUGCCCCAGCUGUAAUGGUCAGGCUGAUGGAAAUAAACUGCUGGCCCCGGUGGCUCUGGCCUGCGCGUCAGAUGGCAGCCUUUUUGUAGGAGACUUCAACUACAUUAGACGCAUCUUCCCCUCUGGAAAUGUCACCAGUGUCAUGGAGCUCAGAAAUAAAGACUUCAGACACAGCAACAACCCUGCGCAUCGGUACUACCUGGCUACUGACCCCAUGACCGGUCAGCUGUAUGUUUCGGACACAAACUCACGGCGGAUCUUCAGACCCAAAGUGCUGUCGGGAAUGAAGGAGCUGCUGCAAAACGUGGAAGUAGUGGCUGGAACGGGGGAGCAAUGCUUGCCCUUUGACGAGGCACGCUGUGGAGAUGGGGGAAAGGCCACUGAAGCCCUGCUGCUGGGACCUAAAGGUAUUGCCGUGGAUAAGAAUGGAUUUAUUUAUUUUGUAGAUGGCACCAUGAUUCGUAAAGUUGACCGCAAUGGCAUCAUCUCAACACUCCUGGGGUCAAAUGACCUGACCUCUGCACGUCCUUUGACAUGCGAUACCAGCAUGCACAUCGGACAGGUACGUCUGGAAUGGCCAACAGACCUGGCCAUCAACCCCAUGGACAACUCCAUCUAUGUGCUGGACAAUAACGUGGUCUUGCAGAUCACGGAGAACCGACAGGUGCGGAUUGUAGCUGGACGACCCAUGCAUUGCCAGGUACCAGGCAUUGAGUAUAGCCUGGGCAAACGUGCCAUCCAAACCACGCUAGAGGGAGCUACAGCUAUCUCCCUGUCAUUCAGUGGAGUGCUAUACAUUGCCGAGACAGACGAGAAGAAGAUCAACCGCAUCCGACAGGUCAGCACCGAUGGGGAAAUCUCCCACCUGGCAGGGGCACCGUCUGACUGCGACUGUAAGAACGAUGCUAAUUGCGACUGCUACCUGACGGGGGAUGGCUAUGCUAAAGAUGCCCGUCUGAAUGACCCCUCCUCUCUCGCAGUCUCUCCAGAUGGUACACUGUAUGUGGCAGAUUUGGGAAACAUCCGGAUCCGCGCAAUAUCCCGAAACCGCCCUCCGCAGGGCUCCUCCAGCCUGUAUGAAGUUGCAUCUCCAGCCUCACAGGAGCUCUACGUGUUUGACUCUAAUGGGACACACCAGUACACCAUGAGCCUGGUGACUGGAGACUACAAAUACAACUUCAGCUACAGCAACGAGAAUGAUGUCACUGCUGUAACUGAUAGCAAUGGGAACACACUGCGCAUCCGCCGUGACCCUAACCGCAUGCCUGUUCGCAUUGUCGCCCCUGACAACCAGGUAAUCUGGUUGACCAUUGGUACGAAUGGUGGGCUGAAGACACUGACGGCACAGGGGCAGGAGCUGGUGCUCUUCACAUAUCACGGAAACAGCGGCCUGCUCGCCACCAAGAGCAUCCAGAUUGGCUGGACCACCUUCUAUGAUUAUGACAGUGAAGGAAGGCUGACCAACGUCACCUUUCCUACAGGAGUCAUCACCAGCCUAAUUGAAGAAAUGGACAGAGCUCUGACCGUGGACAUUGAAACCUCUGGACGGGACGAUGAUGUCAGCAUUACCACAAACCUGUCCUCCAUAGAUUCCUUCUACACACUGGUGCAAGACCAGUUGAGGAACAGCUACCAGGUGGGCAAUGAUAACUCUCUGAGGGUCAUCUAUGCUAACGGAAUGGACUCACACUACCAGACGGAGCCUCAUAUACUGGCUGGGGCAGCGAACCCUACAGUGGCCCGGAGGAACAUGAGCCUACCUGGGGAAAAUGGUCAGAACCUGGUGGAGUGGCGCUUCAGGAAGGAGCAGACCAGAGGAAAGGUCAUAGUGUUCGGCCGAAAGCUAAGGGUCAACGGUAGGAACCUGCUGUCCGUGGAUUAUGACCGAACAUUGCGGACGGAAAAGAUCUAUGACGACCAUCGUAAAUUCCUGCUAAAGAUUGUUUACGAUGCAGCUGGUCACCCCACGCUAUGGGUUCCCAGCAGCAAGCUGAUGUCAGUUAACCUGACCUACUCCAGCAGCGGUCAGGUGACCAGCAUCCAGAGAGGGCCUACAGUGGAGAGAGUGGAAUACGACAGCCAAGGACGCAUCGUAUCCAGGACAUUUGCAGAUGGAAAAACCUGGAGCUACACUUACCUAGACAAGUCCAUGGUACUCCUGCUCCACAGCCAGCGGCAGUACAUCUUUGACUAUGACUUGCAAGACCGGCUGUCUGCCAUUACCAUGCCUAGCGUGGCACGCCACACCAUGGAGACCAUUCGUUCUAUCGGCUACUACAGAAACAUUUACCAUCCUCCUGAGAGCAAUGCCUCAGUCACUGUAGACUACAGUGAGGAUGGCCAACUCCUCCGGGUGGCACACCUAGGUACAGGCCGGCGCGUCCUCUACAAGUACAGAAGACAGAAUAAGUUGUCGGAAAUCCUCUAUGACAGCACUCGUGUCAGCUUCACUUAUGACGAGACAGCUGGUGUCUUGAAGACAGUGAACUUGCAGAGUGAGGGUUUCAUCUGCUCUAUCCGCUACCGGCAAAUCGGCCCCCUAGUGGAUAGACAGAUAUUCCGUUUCAGUGAGGAUGGUAUGGUCAAUGCCCGCUUUGACUACUCUUAUGACAACAGUUUCCGAGUGACCAGCAUGCAAGGCGUCAUCAAUGAAACUCCACUACCCAUUGACCUCUAUCAGUUUGAUGACAUUUCCGGCAAGGUGGAACAGUUCGGCAAGUUUGGGGUCAUCUAUUAUGACAUAAAUCAGAUCAUCUCCACAGCAGUCAUGACCUACACCAAGCAUUUUGAUGUUCAUGGCAGGAUCAAGGAGAUCCAAUAUGAGAUCUUCCGGUCCCUCAUGUACUGGAUCACCAUCCAAUAUGACAAUAUGGGUCGUGUCACCAAGCGAGAAAUCAAGAUCGGACCAUUUGCCAACACAACCAAAUAUGGUUAUGACUAUGAUGUAGAUGGCCAGUUGCAGACCGUCUACCUGAAUGAAAAGAUGAUGUGGCGCUACAGUUAUGACUUGAACGGCAACCUGCACUUGCUGAACCCUGGCAACAGUGCCCGGCUCACACCGCUACGUUACGACCUAAGGGACCGCAUUACUCGUCUGGGAGAUGUCCAAUACAGAAUGGAUGAGGAUGGAUUUCUGCGUCAGAGAGGCGCAGAGAUCUUCGAAUACAAUUCCAAGGGUCUGUUGGUGCGAGUCCACAGCAAGGCUAGUGGAUGGACCAUCCAGUACCGCUACGAUGGCUUGGGUAGACGCCUGGCCUCCAGAAACAGCCUGGGCCAACACCUGCAGUUCUUCUAUGCUGAUUUGAAUUACCCCACCCGCAUCACCCACGUCUACAACCACUCCAGCUCUGAGAUCACCUCACUGUACUACGAUCUGCAAGGCCACCUGUUUGCCAUGGAAAUCAGCAGUGGAGAAGAGUUCUAUAUUGCCUGUGACAACACUGGAACUCCACUGGCUGUCUUUAGCAGUAAUGGGCUACUUCUUAAGCAGGUGCAGUACACUGCUUAUGGGGAGAUCUACUUUGAUUCCAAUCCUGACUUCCAGCUGGUGAUUGGCUUCCAUGGAGGACUGUAUGAUCCACUGACGAGGUUGCUGCACUUCGGAGAAAGAGAUUAUGACAUCCCAGCCGGCCGCUGGACCACACCAGACAUUAGCACUUGGACUAGAGUGGGAAAGGAUCCUGCCCCUUUCAACCUGUACAUGUUCCGCAGUAAUAACCCUGUUAGUAAGGUACAUGAUGUCAAAGAGUAUGUCACAGAUGUCAACAUCUGGCUGGUGACAUUUGGCUUUCACCUUCAUAAUGCCAUCCCUGGAUUUCCUAUUCCUAAAUUUGACUUGACACAACCGUCACUGGAAAUGAGGAAGAGCCAGCUGUGGGAUGAUCUUCCGUCCAUCUCAGGUGUCCAGCAAGAAGUGACGCGUCAGUCCAACGCAUUCCUGUCCUUCGAGAGGAUGCCGGAGAUCCAGCUUAGCCGGCGUCGCUCCACACGGGACAAACCCUGGCUGUGGUUCGCAACUGUCAAGUCUUUGAUUGGCAAAGGUGUGAUGCUUGCCAUUACCAGCAAGGGCCAGGUGGCCACCAAUGCCCUGAACAUUGCUAAUGAGGACUGCAUCAAGGUGGCAGCGGUGCUCAAUAAUGCCUUCUACCUGGAAGACCUACACUUCACCAUUGAGGGCCGUGACACACACUACUUCAUCAAAACCAGCCUGCCUGAGAGUGACCUGGGGGCGCUGCGCCUCACCAGUGGCCGCAAGAGCCUGGAGAAUGGUGUCAAUGUGACUGUGUCGCAGUCCACUACGGUGGUGAACGGGCGCACACGGCGUUUUGCAGACGUGGAGCUACAGUAUGGAUCGCUGGCGCUCCAUGUACGCUACGGUAUGACAUUAGAUGAGGAAAAGGCACGUGUUCUAGAGCAAGCUAGGCAGAGGGCAUUAGCAAGCGCAUGGUCACGUGAACAGCAGAGGGUGCGGGACGGGGAAGAAGGCAUUCGGCUCUGGACUGAAGGUGAAAAACGGCAGCUUCUGAGCUCUGGGAAAGUUUUGGGCUAUGAUGGCUACUAUGUACUUUCCGUGGAGCAAUACCCAGAGCUUGCCGACAGUGCUAACAACAUCCAGUUCCUGAGGCAGAGCGAGAUUGGGAAAAGGUAACAGACUGCACCAUUCCAGUAUCCUCAUAAUACACUACUGCCCCACUCUAUACCACCCAAUAUACUCACUUAAAGCCCCCCACUCCCCACCCCAAAUUGCAAACUGCAAGGGGUAGGGCUGGGGAAACUGUGCCUAGCUGCCUCUCUCUGUUACCAUGUAGAAAAAAAGACCUGGGACCACCUCCUCCUUUGUCACAAGCCACACCAGACACACCCCUAACUGACAUGUUUUCUUCACGCUUGAAGUGUCAAGUAGAUGAAUGAACUCUUUCUAACAGAGCGAAGACUCUUAAUUUUGAAAAUAAAAAUCAAAACUGUUCAUGAAUCUUUUUUGUGCUUUUUUUGUAUGAAAUACCUUAAAGGUGAUAUGCUUAAUGGAUUAAAAAAAAAAGAAUGAACGAUGUGUUUACAUGCACAAAACCACUGCGCUCAGCUGGAGUAACCUGUACAAAGCCACUGGAUUGUUCUUCUUCAGGAUGCUAACUGAAGGCUACUGCGGUGGUCCAGGCUGAGGUUCGCCAACUCUGAAAGCUGUUCUUACUAUCAAUAAACUGGUUUUGUGGACUGUUUUGGACAGAGCUGUACAGCUGUGAGUGAACUGGCCAUGAUCCUUUCCUGCUUCGCUUUCUUAAAGGACACAGUUAAGAUUUGAGUAUUCAAGUUAAGUCUGAGUGUUCAAUGUCAUUGUUGAACCAGCUCAAUUGGUGGCGGACGUAGAGUAGAGAGCAAAAAAGACAAAACUAAACAUAUAUAUCAUAUCUGACCAGUCUUUUGACGAGAUGUGAGAGUAUCUUUAUGGAAUUUUUUUUUAAACUUAAAAAAAAGUUACACUUAUCCGUACAUGAAUAUUAGUCUCAGAGAAAGUAAUUUAUGUACAGUGUUUAUACAUAAAAAAAAUAAAAUCUAAAAAAUAUUGAGACUUUUUUUUGUCUUGUCAUGCAUUACUGUUUACACCAUGAAUUUUAAUAUUUGAUCUUAUCAAAAUUUAUGGUAAUGCUUAUCAAAAUAAAAUCAGCUGUACUGUCUCAUUAAGCUGUGCAUUGAUUUUUUUAUUUUCCAUUCUCCUUUUUGCACUUUUUUUUGGUUGUUGUUAUUUUUGGGGGUUUGUUUUGUUUGUUUUAUUUUUUUAGCCAUGACUGUUAUUUGGCUUCAUAGCUUGGCUGCCUUUCCUUUGUAAUAUACUACAUUUAAGGUGAUGGCUCCCCAGUUCAGUGUGGGCGUUAAUCAAGGACCUGAUUUCUAAUUACCGAUGCAUAGUUUCAGUGGUGUCAUACUUUUCUCUGGUUAUUCCAUUCAUAGUUGAACUCUAGUCUAAAUCCAGAAAUGGCAAUAGUAACACUCUGAUGACCCUUUUAAUUUAGAUGAAGGAUUUUUUUAACCAGGAUUAAAGCUGGUUGCCAUUAGCAGAUGUGACACAAGGAGAAAAUUCCAACUGCAGGGAGUUAACAACCCAAAACUGAAUGAAAUGGGUCCUUAAGCAGAGGAGCAUGUGGGUUGCCUUAUAACCUGAGAAGACAAAAGGAAUAAAUGACAAAAAUAUUUCAUUUGGCCAAAACAUCUCUGAUAUGACCUAAAUUGCAAAGAGGACUUAAUUUUUUUCUUUUUUCGAGCUGCUAAUUGUUUUUUCAUGCUAAGAGUGAAGAAAUUAGAAAAAUACAUAGCACCUAGCUUAUGAUGAUAAGGAAGGCGAUUGUGGGUUUCAUUUAUAUUUAAAUAUUUGGUAACUCAAGUGUUCUUCGACAUUAUGAACAGUAUAAAUUUUUCAGUGAAACUAUGAAACAUUUACAUGUUUCUUGAGUCAAUUGAAUACAUAUAGACUGCCACAAAGCCUACUUCAGAAUGAUUAUUUUUUGUGCAGGCCUUUUAGGAUUAGAGCACAUACAAAGCAUAAUGAGUUCGACAUAAGAAAGUACUAUUUUCAUUUUUCAUUUUUAUUUGUUAUUUCUCUAUUACAUUUUGUUAUUUGACUGUAUGGUGGAGCCUAUUUUUCUACUCAUAUGUGAAUGAAUAGGGGUGUUAAAGGGUGAGCUUUUUGGUUUUGGAUCUAGUGGAGUUUUAUUGCAGUGUCCUGUGUGAGACUUUUUGUCUUCACUGUUGUUGCUUGCGUUGGGUCAAGCGCUGUGCGUUUGGCCAGUGUAAUUGAAAGUGGGUCUCUCCCUACCCCCAUGUGACCUACACAUUUAAAAAUAAAUGUGCCAAAAAGGUUCUUUGGAGUGAUACCUUAAAAGAACCGCUGUUGGUUACUGUUGGUUCCCUAAGCCAAAACCUGAACCUUUCUACUUAUUGUUUUUUUAAAGCAGCAUCUGUUGUAAGGUUCAUUAGGUAACCAAAAGUGGUUCUUCAAUGGCAUUGCUCCCAAGAACCCUUUCUUGGGCACGUUUAUUUUUAAGAGUGAAAUCUCCUGUUAGUCCACCUCUUUAACCUAACUGAACCACAAUGCUUCACAACAGGUCUAUUAUGAGAAUGAAUAACAGCUAGUUGAGUCAAUAGGUAAUAAAAUUAUGAAUUACUGUACACCUAUAAAAAUAAGAGUGCCAAAAAAGGAUCUUCAAAGCAAUGCCAUUGAUUACUUUUUGUUUUCUGAAGAACCUUACGGUAGUGUGAAGAACCUUGUAUAAAGACUCUUCACAUAAUGUACAGUCUUUUGCUUUUUAUUUUUCCCCAAUGUUAAAUUCAACAAAUAAACAGUAUUUGUGCAUUUAAAUAUGCAGAAGUGUAUUCUCUGUUGAGGACAUGUCAACUUAUUUUUACUUAGAAAAUCAAGAAAAUGUAAUUUGACCAGGGGUGCCUACAUUUAUGUAUACCAACAAAGGUUCUAAAUCAAACAAAGGUAUUUCCUACAAGCCAAGAUCCAUUCUUUUUGUGAAGAGUGUACAUGCAUUUCUACAGUGGAGAGGUAAGCGAGAGGAGAUGGGUUGAAAGGGAAUUUAACAAGCUUUGUUUUUCCACUGUUUGCAUGAAUAUGAUGUAAACUGCCCAUGUGAAACCAGCCCAUAUGUCAGUGAACCGCUGUAAAGGUCCAUCUCAGAAAUCAGCUGUUUCGUGUUUGAUAACACACUGUUUUGAUGGAUUAUUUACUGUAUCUGCUUCUGUUCAAGUAAAAAAGUGAUUAUUUUGUGUCAUAAGGUCAUUUUCCACAUUAAAAGCAACUUAGCACAUGUUGCUUCAAUUGUAAGAUGUACUAAACUCAGAGUCUUUUGUUUUGUUUCUUUAAAAUGUCCAUCUCGCUCUCCUGUCAGUAAUUCUGUAUCUCAUGCUGGUUGGCCUGUGUGAUCAUUCAAAGAAAAAGUCAAGGAUAUGAAAACUUUGUGUGCAGAUAGAGUUGUUAAUGUGCAUUUGGAGUUUUUUUUAAUGCUGCAGAAAUUUUUUUUAAAAAGUUUUGUUAUUUUUUUCCUGAUAAUGCAGCAGAGCUAGAAGCUGAUGUGAUUUAAUUGUUGAUGUCUCACAGUCUCUUUUGUGAAUUGACUUAGAAUGCGCUUCUGUUUGUUUCUAAAGCCACUAUCAACAGGUUUUUGGGUUUUUUCUUUGAUUUUUGGAAGACACAAACAUCUGGAAUGCAGUUAAGUGCCUGGAUACACAUAGCAGAUGCAACAAAUUGAGCUGCUAAUAAAUGUAAAAGCAGUUCAUGUGAUGCGGCAUAAAUUAAGCACUGUAAAGGCAAUAGUUUCAAAUCUGAAUUUUAAUCUGAUUAUUAAGCUUUAUUCCCAGAGUGAGCAGAAGAAAUAUUGGAUUGUUCCUAUUAAUUUAUUAGCCGCAGAUGAAGUAAAUGUCUUACAAGAACACGCCAUCAUUUUGUUUCAGGUACUGAGCACUUUUCCCGAUUUCAAACAUGAACCAGUUUAAUGUAUCCAGGCCUUUAAGUGCAAUUGUGUCAUUUAAAGCAGGUAAAUGCUGGACUCAUUACGUUUUCCUUUUCAACAUGUUAAUGCUCCACAAAAAGCCAGUCAUUUAAAUAAAAACGUAAUACUUAGAGUUUCUGAACUCAAA